AUGGCGCCUCUCACUGACGAUGCCGGCGAAACGUUUGCGAAUGUACCCGGCCGAUGGUCCAAUGCUGGAAAUCGCGAAUACUCUGGCAGGGGACACGGGACUAGGUACGUUCCACAAGGUGACUCCGAAGCUCCGACCAAGUUGCCAAAACGAGGUCGAACCAACACUGUUCAGCUAAAGGAGACUACGACCAAACAGAAGGUUACACCAUCUUGGUUUUCACAUCAAAACUCUAAUCUAGCAUUGUUGUGGUGA